UUUCCAUCUCUUCAAAAGAGAGACAGAGAUAGCAGAGACUACUGCGGCUUUCUCAUCAUGCGAUCAUGAAGAAGAGCAGCAAGGAGUGGGCGAUGAUUUGUGGGCUUCUGAUGGCGGAACUAUUCAUGGUGAUGGGGGCGGCGGCCGGAGUGCAGGAGAAGGCAGAGGCGGUUGAGCCGAUCCCGACCAUGUCGCCGCCGGAGGGGAACACGACGUUCAUAGAGGGGCGGACAUGGUGCGUGGCCCGGCCGGGGGCGUCGCAGUUCGACCUGGAGAACGCCAUCGCCUGGGCCUGCGGCCUUGGCGGCGCGGACUGCUCGGGGGUGCAACCCGGCGCCGCCUGCUACCGGCCCGACACGCUCCUCGCGCACGCAUCCUUCGCCUUCAACAGCUACUACCAGCAGAACGGCAACUCCGACGUCGCCUGCUACUUCGGCGGCACCGCCGCCAUCACCACCAGAGACCCAAGUUAUGGGUCUUGCAAGUAUCUCGCUUCAGAGACAUCUGCUGCCUCACGGCUGUUUGAGGGAGAUUACCUCGUGAAGAAGCUGUUAGAAAUUUUGGUUAUUUUAUGUUUGAAUGUGAGAUUAGGGAAAUGCACGCGAUUUGAUUAGGGCGGCAUACGUUCUUGCAAUGCAUUUCUCAUGAUCUAGUCGAAUAUACCAUAGUCAUUAUCACAGUAGUUGAUGCAGGCUUGCAGACAGAUGUAUUUGUAUAAAAUGUUUUGAGAAGGUAAAGUAUAAUUUUGUGUAAGCUAUAACUUUUUAU